AUGCAAUCAUUCCUCCAAUACCGCAGAUUUCGAUCCGCGGUCGAGGCACAGCUGGAGCGGGAUCGUGGUAAAGAGUCGGCCUUGGGGAGAUCUGGGACACAAGAAAGUCAUUCCCCGGCUUCUUCGAGUGAAAGCAAACAGGACCUGGAUGAAGAUGUUGAGCGGAAGGGACACACAGAGCGGGACACCGGAUUGACCCCAUCGAGAUACAAGCCGAAUCCAGACACAGCCAAUGUCAAUGAGAAGGAUACACACGACGAGUCCGCCUCACAGCCACGGCAAGAACCAAGAGAGGAACCCGAGCAUGCCGACGAGGAAGAGGAAGAUGACGAAGACGAUGACUUUGAACUCACACAAGCCGGCCGAACACUCUCCCGCACGACCACUCAGCAAUCAGGAGGCACCGCACUCGGCCAAGUCCUCUCUGGCAUCGAAGUACGCAAACUUUCCACACGGGACGGAGGGGAAGGAAACGUGUUCGUGGUCGGCUACGAAGGGCCUGAUGACCCGAACGAUCCGCAUAACUGGCCAACGUCAAGGCGAAUCAUGUACACGGCGAUCAUAGCGGGCAUUGGCGCGGUUGUCGGGUUUGCGAGUUCGAUUACGAGUUCGGCAUUGCCGCAGGCGAGUGCAGAAUUUGGCGUGAGCAACGUCUUCGAGAGUGCGGCGACGGGAUUGUAUUUGUGUGGGUUUGGGCUAGGAGCGUUGUUCGCUGGACCCGUGUCGGAGACGGUUGGUCGAAAUCCGGUUUACAUCGGAACGAUGGUACCGUUCAUGAUCUUCGUCAUGGCGUCCGCUCUUGCGCCGAACAUCGGUGCACAAUUGGCAUUUCGAUUCCUGGCGGGAAUGUUCGGCUCGACGCCUUUGACUUGUGCUGGAGGUAGUGUGAGUCUUCGCCUUUCCCGUCUUCGCCAACGCCGCCUUCUCCGGGCCGCUUUUGGGACCGAUUAUCGGGGGUUUCAUCGCCGAAUCCUCCGCUGUCUCAUGGAGAUUCGUCGAAUGGACAACACUCAUGUUCUCCGGAGUCAUCUUCACCCUCGUCUUCUUCUUCUCCCCGAAACCUACCCUCAAACGCUUCUGAAAUGGAAAGCCGAACACCUACGCACCAUUACCGGCGACGAACGCUACUGUGCCGCCGUCGAGAUCCGCCAGGAGUCGCUGGCUGUGCGGCUGAAGAGGGCGCUGUACCGCCCAUUCUUGCCCACGGCACGGGAGCCGAUCAUCAUUCUGUUCGCGCUGUACUUGACGGUGAUCUACAUCAUCUUCUUUACCUUCCUCAACGGCUAUACUUACAUCUUCGACGACAACUAUAACCUCUCGCAUGGGAUCGGCGGAUUAUGCUUCGUCGGCAUCAUCAUUGGACUGUUCUCUGCCUCGGCUCUGGUUCCCUUGAUCUACAAGUGGGCCAAGCGAGAUCUGCCCAAAAUCCGCGCUGAAGGCGGCGAGCGUCUGCCUCCCGAAUUUCGUUUGUGGUACUCAAUGCUCGGUGGAUCCUUCGCACUGCCAAUAAGUCUCUUCUGGAUGGGCUGGACCGCUCGCCCAGACAUUCCCAUCUGGUCUCCUCUCGCAGCAUCCGUCCUUUGCGGCUACGGGAUCCUCACGAUCUUCAUCACAAUCUACCAGUACCCCAUAGACGCCUACGAAACAUUUGCCGCAUCCGCGCUAGUCUCGAUCACAGUGAUUCGAUAUGUGGUUUCAGGCGGGUUCGCCGUGAUUGGAGUACCUUGGUAUGAGAACAUCGGGGCGGCGUAUGUGUUGACGAUAUUGGGCGCAGUCAGUGCGGUGUUGUCUCCAGUGCCGUUCUUGUUUUGGAGGUAUGGGCCGUGGAUCAGGAGUAAGAGCAAGUAUGCGAUUGGACCGGAUGUGGCGAAGGAGUAG